GUGGUCGUGUGCCCGUAACCGUCUGCCAUUUAUUCCUCUCCAUAACCCCCCAUACUGCCAUACCGCCAUACAUCUAGCCUUGGUACACCACUCUCUAUGUCCGCGACUGGACUGAAUCUAGCUAGCUAUGUUUUCAGAAUAUGCGUCCCGAUUCCUCGCACAGUCCCAGUCCAGAAUAGCUUUCAGUCCUGAUAACAACGAUAGACAAGCUUCAGACCGUCACAAUAGAAGAUUUAAUCAGGCUCCUGGAUCUUCCCGAAAUCCAGCCUCAAGAUCUUAUCUUCACCGCGCUCUUGGCAACCCUUACCAACCAAGCUCAUCUCACAUUUCGCACUUCCCAUUUUCCUCACGGGCCUCCAUACAGCAUGCACCCCUCUUUUACAGCGCAGCUGAUGAAUUCAGAGAGGAAGAUGACGAGCAGGAACACGAACGAGAAAUUGCAGAUUUUUAUGCUUUGCAGAGAUCUCGGCGCCAUUUUGACUCCAGGCAUCUGGAGGAGUCAUCCGAAGUAGAUAACGAUGGCAAGCACUCUGAAGAUAGUAUAGAUGCUUCUGCUAGUAGCCAUAGCAAUGGCCGCGGAAGAGGCGGAGGUAUCAAGAGCUCCUGGCGUGCCAGUAGAUCUAGUGAUGCCACCCCGGUCUUGGGAGCCAGACCAUUCGAGCAACGAGACGAGAGCGACGGGAAUGAAGGGAACGACAGGCGCAGCGCGGGUAGCAACUCUCUCGGGAAAGAUCGGAUGGUUGAUGUCGGCCUAGAAGAUACGCUAAGGAGUGAUAUGAUAAACGUACAACGCAAUAGCUCGCAUGAUAGUAUUGCUAAUGACGAACCUCCACCUGCCAUUCAGCAGUUCCGGAAACCGCCAGACGUCGCCGGAGACCAUUUUCAAGCUAGCUCUUCCUUUCACCCCAAGGAAAGAGAUAAUCGCACCCUCCUAGAAUAUCAUCGCCCGCUUAGCUCUGGUGGAUCGUCUGUUCCGGCAUCCAUGACACACCCGGGUUCUGAACCUCCCCAACAUGACUCUUUUUGGGGCAAUCUUUUUUUGAUCUCUGUUGCGGGCAUGUUUGCUACAGCUUUUCUUAUUUAUCUGCAUACGUCACUGCCGGAGGGUAGGCCUAUCCUUGGUGAUACCAUUUAUGCCACUCUUCAUGCCUCUUUUUUCCUCCUAGCAAUAUACACUUUAAUUUCUGUUUUGGUGUCUUUGCUGUGGUUAGCGCUGCUUCGUUCAUAUGUCCGGCCCUUGGUCUAUGGGAUUUUAAUAGCCGUCCCUGUGGUACUCUACUCGUUUGCUCUUUAUCCUUACAUAUCUAGCUUUGGCGGGACUUGGCAUGGUCAAAGCAUCCAGGACAAAGUUAUGCGCUGGGGUUCCUUGGUUCCGGCCAUAAUGGCAUCUGUAUGGGUAUAUUCUGUCAUUCAAGGCCGUCUUGCGAUCGGAAAGUCGAUCAGCAUCUUGGAGUUUUCGUGUCGCAUCCUCGCAUCUAACCCAGCACUGCUCCCUCUUGGGUUUGUCAUCUUAGUUAUUAUCGCUUCGUGGACAUGGGUUUGGAUCUUCAUGUUCGCCCGCGUGUUCCUUGGCGGCCAUAUCUCUGCAUCAAAAAAUGUGUUCAUCAUCGAUGCGGGAAGCUGGUGGCUAGGUGUUUACUUCAUCCUAGUCUAUCUCUGGUCGUUAGGAGUGAUUUCCAGUAUCCAAAGGACCGUCACUGCUGCGACAGUCAGUCAGUGGUAUUUCCACCGGUUAUCAAUACCAACGCCUUCAUCCCGACAAAUUGUGCAGGCAGCAUUAGUUCACUCCGUCAGCACAUUAUUCGGCACCAUCUGCCUCUCAACACUCCUCGCGCUAUUGAUCCGCUUGCCAUUGAUAAUCCUCCCAAGACGGUUAUCAUCGUUUUUAACUCUAGCCGCAUACUCCUGCGUUCCCACUCCCAUCGCCGCGCUCAUCAACCCCCUAGCUCUAACAUACAGCGCUAUCCACUCAUUACCCCUUGGUGUCUCCGCGCACAGCCUCAGUCAAAUGGCUUUCCUCACCCCAUCAACGGCAACCACAUCCUUCAAUCCAUCCUCAUUCUCCAGCUCACGGAACGGACGGAACGACACCCACGGCAAUAGUUCCUCUCUCCUCCCGUACCACCUCGCCAGACUUCUGCUCCAUGCUACGCGCUUCAUAAUGUCGCUAGGCCUCGGUUUCGGCGGGUGGGUAUCUACCGCUCGCAAUCUGCGAUUAGCUACUACAGGAACGGGAACAACCACUAUUCGAGGUAGUCUAUACGCAUAUGUUGUAGGGCUGAUUGCGGGUACUAUUGGCUGGGGUGUCCUGGGUGCGAUGGAAGGCGUGCUGACCGGUGUCGUGGAUGCGGCUGUUGUCUGCUGGGCUAGUGAAGUAGGUAGUUCGAGAAGGGAGGCAAGGUACUGUCGGGAGGCUGGAUGGUUGUUUGGUGGGGAGAGAAAUGGUGGAAGGGGAGGUGAAGGGGAGGGUGAUUACGACGUUUGACAUAUGUUUUCUCUUUGAUUUAUGUGAGCGUUUGCAUUUAUCGACCCGCGAAACGACUUUUCGGAUCUUUCUUAAUGUUAUUUUAGUUUUAUUUUAGUUGACUCGGGCGAACACAACAUGUAAUGCCAUUCCAUUUUGUUCUGUCAG